CUGGUUCCCGUAUAAAAAGGCGGCGCGCUUGCCACUUGAUCAGUUCAGUUUAUCACGAGCAGCAGCAGCAAAAUGAUCCGCAAUUUGGUCGCAGUUCUUGGUUUCUUUGUCAUGAUGAUGUUGAUGACAGUUGAGGCUGCCCCAUUCCUGGGUAUCUUGGAUGGACUUCUUCAUGGUGGACACCAUCAUCAUCACGACCAUCACCAUGGCCAUGGUGGCUACGGAGGAGGCUACGGCGGUUACGGCGGAGGCUAUGGUUACGGAGGAUAUCCUGGUUACGGUUAUGGUGGACACGGAUACGGUCAUCACCAUCAUUUCUAAAAAGAAAUCGAUCCACGGGAAAAAAUGACACCUGUAACGAACUGAUUGCUAUAAUUUAAAAAAAUGUUCCUGACUGAAUAUUUCAGUUAUUAUUCAGAAGCGAACUCUGUACCUAACCAAUACAAUACGUUUCAUACUGUAAA